UUGACUACUAGGCCAUUAGAAGAAGAAGCAGGUGGUUUUGUAGGUUGUCCAUGUUUAUUCUUUGUAUUAGUUGACUGAAGAUUGAAAGAGUCUACAUAUAAUUAAUGAGAUACUAUUAAAAAAUAUGAAAUAACUUGGACGUCGCUCAUGUAUUAGGUAUAUGAUGAAAUGAGAAGAAGUACAUGGCGUAGUAACAAGUUAAAUGUUAAAACGAGUCUUGACGGUUUCGACCCAGAAAAUUUCAAAUUGAAGAUUGCCAGUUAGUUUUUGAGUCCUAUAAAAACAAGUAUUGUCAUGCUAAGUUUUCCAUCACAGAUAAAAGAAAAGAAAUAUAAGUAGGAGUGAAAUAUAUAUAUCAGAUAAGUAAAAUGAAGAUGGAGUUUGGUUUGUGCACCAUUUUUCUUGUUUUGUCGUGGGCUUUGGUUGCAUAUGCUUCAGAUCCAAGCCAGCUUCAGGAUUUCUGUGUUGCUGUUCCUGAUGCCCAAUCUGCUGUUUUUGUGAACGGGAAGUUUUGCAAGAACCCGAACAUGGUAGUUGCGGAGGAUUUCCUUUUCAAGGGUCUAAACAAGGCUGGAAACACUUCAAACGCGGUUGGAUCGGUGGUGACUCCGGUGAACGUUAACCAGCUUGCAGGGCUCAACACUCUGGGCGUUUCCAUGGCUCGCCUCGACUUCGCCCCUUACGGGAUAAACCCACCCCACACCCACCCGCGUGCUACCGAAGCCUUCCUGUUGGUGGAAGGCACUCUCUACGUCGGCUUCGUCACUUCAAACCCCGCCGAUCCUAACCAGAGGAACAAGCUCUUUACCAAGUACUUGAACCCUGGAGAUGUCUUCGUCUUCCCACAGGGUCUCAUCCACUUCCAGUUCAACGUCGGGAAAACUAAGGCUGUUGCAUUUGCUAGCUUUGGAAGCCAGAAUCCGGGUACCAUAACCAUUGCCAACGCGGUGUUUGGUUCUGACCCUAAGAUCAACCCUGAUGUGUUGGCCAGAGCAUUCCAGGUUGAGAAGAACAUCAUCGAUUACCUGCAGGCCCAAUUCUGGUCUAACUACAACUAAACAUUAAUCUCUACCUAUUUUAUUUAUAGACACAUUAUAUGUUGUGUCUUAUUAAUUCAAUAAAUUCAGUCUUACACUUAUUAAAACUGCUGUACUUCGGAAAACUUUGUAUUUCCAAAUUAUAUCUCAUGUGAUGAUUCAAUAAUAAACUUGUGAACCUAGCUAGUGUUUGCCGUUUGAUGUA